GCGAGUAUAUCAAAUGUUAAGAUUCCCCUGGACAUCAUUCAAUACAUCGAUGUGAGUAGAAACACUAACAUUUAUACAAGAGAAUUUGUUGAAUCCACAAGAAAAAUAAAUCAAUAUUUGAGAGGUAAAAUGAGCGCCAUGAAACUCUUUAGAAAUACUUUAAGUGAUAAAAUAAUAUCAGAGUUUCCAGAAUUGACUGAUACAGUCAAUGGGGUUGUUGGAGGAACAUCUGCAAAUACUAAUUAA